GCUCUUCAAACAGGAAGUUGUGUGCAUGUUUACGACGUUAUUUUCUUCUCAGCGACUUGCUUUUUUCAUCCCAAAAAGGCAUCUUUCCACCUUCAGUUUGCAAAAUGAAACAAAAUUCAAAUGUUCCAGCUUUCCUCACCAAGCUUUGGACUCUUGUGGAGGAUUCUGAUACGAAUGAAUUUAUUUGUUGGAGUCAGGAGGGGAACAGUUUCCUCGUCAUGAACGAACAGCGAUUUGCCAAGGAGAUCCUUCCCAAGUUCUUCAAACACAACAACAUGACUAGCUUUGUCAGACAGCUAAAUAUGUAUGGAUUUCGCAAAGUGAUGCACAUUGACACAGGCAUAGUGAAGCAAGAGCGUGAUGGACCAGUUGAAUUCCAGCAUCCUUACUUUAAACAUGGACAGGAUGACUUGCUGGAAAACAUCAAAAGAAAGGUUUCUAAUGCAAGACCAGAGGAUACUAAGAUCAAACAGGAAGACCUGUCCAAUAUUUUGGCCAGUGUUCAGAAUGUUCAUGGAAAACAAGAAAGCAUUGAUUCCCGACUCAACACAUUGAAAAGAGAUAAUGAAGGUCUAUGGAGGGAAAUAUCAGACCUGAGACAGAAGCACUCCCAACAGCAGCAAAUCAUUAAGAAGUUGAUACAAUUCAUUGUCACAUUCGUACAGAAGAACCGGAUUAUGGGUUUAAAACGCAAACGACCUAUUCUACUGAACAACAAUGGAAAGAAGCCUAAAUACAUCCAUGAAAUCUACGAUGAACCUCCUCUGGAGCACAACAAACCCUCUGUCAGUGGUUUGAAGAACGCUGAUCUUACUGAUGAUGUUGUCAUCUGUGACGUAACUGACGACGAUGCAGAGAUCACAGAGGGCCCCUCAAUAAUGGAUCAAUCGGGGGAUGUAGAAAUUGUUGAGGUCUUCGACAGCAAUACUGUGUCACCGACAGAUGGCGCUGACAAUCCAGGCCAGACCAACUCUUUGGUAUUUGAACCUGAAGAGACCACCAUAAGCACAUAUGAUAGCCUUCCAACCAGCAGCGUCUUGCAACUCAACAAACCAUCAGGCCUGAGCCUGGAGGAUCCCAUGAAGAUGAUGGACUCAAUCCUCAAUGAGAGUGGAGCUAUUUCUCAGAAUAUCAACCUCCUCGGCAAGGUUGAGCUGAUGGACUACUUGGACAGCAUUGACUGCAGUUUGGAAGACUUUCAGGCUAUGUUGUACGGGAAGCAGUUCAGCAUUGAUCCAGAUAUUUUAGAGGAGAGUGGUGGUUCCAAAGGAAAUGCAGGGCUGCUAUCCAAAGGAGGCAAGUCUGGCAUCUCUGCAGACAAGCAGCUGGUCCAGUACACGUCCUGCCCUCUGCUGGCCUUCCUGGAUGGCUGCACCGCUUUGGCCCCAGAGCCAGACAGCAGCAUAGCCACAGAGCUGGGAGACAGCCUGCUGCAGCCCAGCACUGAGGUACCCACAGACCUCCUGGAGCCAGAUGAGGAGCCUCCACGGAGCUCCCUGAUCCGCCUAGAGCCCCUGACUGAGGCAGAGGCCACGCUUUUCUACCUGUGUGAACUCAACCCAGAAGGGAGCGCCACUGACUCGACACAGCUGGAUAUUUAACCAAGGAGCAGAAAAAAACUCAAUGAUUUACUGUAUUUAUUUCCUUGUAUCUUUUGGUACAUUUAGGUCAGAAGUAAGACAUUCCAUAAUGUAGCUGUUGAUAUGGUUUCUCCACUAGCAGUUGAAGGUAAACCCUGAUUAAAGAAAAGGCUGCAAUUUUGUUUCACUGUUAUUGAUUCCUGUAUUGAUAGGUCAAUGAUCACAUCAAUCUUUAAAUGAAAAAAUACAAGUGCCUGCGCAUUUCCUUGUCCUAGAACUACAGUGCUCAGCAUUUCAAAUACUGCGGUCUGGUGUGUAUCAUAAAGUGUCGUGUUAUAAGACUGAUUUUGCGAGAUUCACUGUUAAGCUUCACAAUGACAUUCAAAUCAAUUGUAUUUUCAUUCUGAAUGCGGUAUGAAGUGGCAAAAUUCAAGAAAAAGCAUAGUUUGCCUUGGGUUACAAUGCACUUUAAUACAUAUCGAAAGGCAAAAACUAUUCAGGAGAAAUGGGAGUUGACAUGUAUCUUGUCUGCUAAAAACACUUAAUACCUUAAAUUAUGCUAAAGCAUCUACAAAAUAACUUAUCCACUGUUUGAACAUCAGUAUUUUACCUUUAAAAGAUAACUAGUGCAAAUCAUAAGUAACACAAGGUACAUAAAACUGAGGGUCUUAUUACAAGAUGUGCAAGUUGCCCAAAAGGUAAAGCUGCAGGUUAGCAAUUGGGGCGGAUAUUCUGAAAAGGAAACCACAGCAACAUUAAGAUUUACAUGAUGGUAGAUUAGCCUAUAAUAUCAUGCAAAUGGUUAAUCAUGCUUACUGAUGGAAAUGAACCUAGGAUAACAAUGUUAGCUAAUAUCUGGAACCCUGCACUUCCUCUACAUAUGCCUAACUUAAAGUGAAGGAAAGUGUAGCAUAAACAAAGCAGUCUUACCCAUUUUGUAACAAAUUAACAGUUCUUUCCGAAUGUCCUAUCCAGAACCGAUUAA